AUGGGUACGCGGAGCUCCGGGUGUUUACUCUGUGUCCAGCGUCGCGUGAAGUGUGACGGGCGGCUUCCAGACUGUGCGCGGUGUGAGAAAUAUGGAAAGCCAUGCCCCGGCUAUGUCAGGAACUUCAAGUUCAAAACUGGAAAGCCUUAUCGUGCUCGACGCGUACCUCCAACUGAUAGCUCUGGUUCCGAAGCGAGCGCGCCUAACAGAGAAAACUAUGAGGCAGACAGGGGAUCGGUGACACAGAGUUCGCCGGUGUCUACGCUGUCUUCUCCAACGAUUAAUGUCCUCCAAGGACUUUCAUCAGUAGUCAAUGACCUCUCUCAGCCUCGCUCGUCGACUUCAAUCCACAUUGUUUCCAGAUGGUUCAGCAGUCUCACAUCUCUCUACGGACGGAACAAAACCCUGGAUGCAACUGUUCGAUGCUUUACAGCACAUCAUAUUUCGAAGGUGCUGCAGAAUGCCCAGAUGGCGCGGUAUUCGAGAUUUGCGUACACUGAGGCUUUGAGCAGACUUCGAAAGUCUCUGAACGUCCCUUCUGAGCGUCUGUCUUCUGAGAUCUUCUGCGCAGUGCUACUUCUGUGCUUGUACGAGAUAAUGCACUCUCUCUUCUCCGGGGAAAGAUGCUUCCUAGCCUCAGAGCGCUGGCAUGCCAUAAUGCGGCAGCGCCUCAACUCAUUCUACUCCGAAGAGCUGGAAGAUUCGCUAGAGGAAUUCGUAGCUCUAUUCACACUGGCACCAAGCCUUGUUCACGCGCUCUAUGAUAUCAAAGAAUCAGAUAUGACGAGUCCUGCAACCUGGAAGAAGCUGUCGGAAACAUUGACCCGAACUCUUGAGAUGCAGACCAGACUAUUAGAAUGGUAUAGUCGCUUUUCCCGAAUGGCACCACCUCCAUACGAAAGGCUAUCAUCGACCGAAGACGCUGUAUAUCCUAUCGUUCUGCACUAUUCCGAUAUGAGUAUUGCGUCAAUGUUCAAUUCCUAUCACGCAUACAUGGUUAUCAUACACGAGACCUUACGGACCCUUGGUUAUCCUGGCGAACAUGAAGCCAUGGUCCUUUUUUUCCGAGAUCAGAUCUGCAAGUCAGUGGAAUACAACGGUGCCGAUCUACUAGGGGGUUACAGAAUGGGAUUUCCGCUGCGUGUGGCAUACGAGGUCGCAGACCCCAAAACAAAAGCAUGGAUAGAGAACCGUUUGGUGCAAAUGUCGCAGUAUUAUGCAGCUGUGCAACCUAAGCAUUUCACGGCGGCUCUUGAUUGA